UUAUUUUUUUAGUAAUCAUCCGACAGAGCUAGAGCUAGAGAUCGAUCAUGGUGCCAGUGAUGACUGAACUGAGAAAGAAACCGCCGCUCAGUGACUAUCAGCUGACGUUCCUACGUCCUUACAUUCUUCGGAAAAGGAAAUCAGAGCAACUCCUCGGUGAACAGAGUAGAUCUAGUCCUGAAAGCAAACAACGUUAUAGUAAAGAUCCUGAAUGUGUUUGUGAGGACAAUGUCAAAUCACUUUGUGAGUCAACUCAGGAGUUGAAGAAAAAAGCACAAAAGCAGAAAGAGUCUCAGAAUGAAUCGCCUGUUGAUAUUGCUGAGCAGAUUAAAAUUCUCCAAGAUCGUCUGGAAUCUCUCAAGAAAGAAAAGCACAGUCUGUUUCAGCAGCUUAAGGUAGUGCUAUAUGAUGAAGAUGAGAAAAAACAAGAAGAACAACGACUUGAGAUUGAAAAAACAUCUGCAGACAUGUAUGAUCCUAGACAACAAGGUGGUGUUGGUUUGAAGCGACCGUAUACAAGCAUUUUGUCAAUGUCUUACCCUGGAGUUUCACCUCUAAAGAGACAGCAGAGAGGGCCACUCCUUCCUACACCAGAAGGCUCCUCUCCUACCCACUUCUCGAGACAAAGUAGCGGUGGUUCAUUUCACGGUAAUGCUGAAGUGUUCCCUCAAGGAGGCAAGUCUCUGUACGUUUCCAGAAGUUCUUCUGUCCUCUCAGUCAAUAGACCUCCAUUUUUAGAGCAACGAGUGGGGCCACCUUACAAUGUUCCUUCAGAUGUACACAUGCAAGGUCCUCACCCCAGUGCAAUGGAGUCUCCACUAUUGGUACACAGCACACAAGCAGGCGUAUUUGUACACCCCAACCCACUUGAGAUGCAAACACAGUUUCAAGGCAUGGGUGUUGGUGCUUUUCAGUUUACGUCUAAUCCUCCAUUCAACUCAGUGACUAAUAUCCAUAGUCCCUCAGGUCCAAGCCAACAUGUACAGAUGCAGUUUCCACUAGGAGGAUCAUUUGUCCAGCAUGAAAUUCCACCAUAUAAUCAGCCAGCACCCCAUGAGAUCUCAAUGAAAGGCCGUCCAUUCUAUGCUGCUGGGAGCCAGUCGGUGGGUCACCUGCCUGGGGAGCAUACACCAUUCCCUGUACCUCUGCAUGACCCCAGACACCAGAAAUUUGUACACGUAUCAGACAAUCAGAGUACACCUCAAUCACCUCACUACCCAUCUUAGUGAAAGGCCUUGGCCUGUGUAUGUUGAUUAUACUUGACACACUAUAUGAUUGUAAGAGCAAAAUAUUUAAUGUUCUCUUUUAUAAGUAUCAUUUGCACGUUGCUUUGCUUUUUAUGAAA